GGGGAAAGUGCCGUCAGCUCUGACUCUCGGGCACUUGGCUGACGACCCGUUCUCUCUUUGCAACUGCAACUGCAACGCACCAAGAAACUGCCGGCGAUCGAUCGGGGCAAGGAGAUAAACAUGGUGCACGGGAAGCUGGAGGUCCUCCUCGUCUCCGCCAAGGGACUCGAGGACACCGAUUUCCUCAAUAACAUGGACCCCUUCGUGAUCCUUACCUGCCGCACCCAAGAGCAGAAAAGCAGCGUCGCAAAUGGAGCAGGAAGCGAGCCCGAAUGGAACGAGACCUUCGUCUUCACCGUCUCCGACGACACCCCGCAGCUGCACCUCAAGAUCAUGGACAGCGACCUCACCAACGACGAUUUCGUCGGCGAAGCAACCAUCCCCCUGGAGGCCGUGUUUCAGGAAGGCAGCCUUCCCCCGGCGGUUCACCCGGUCGUCAAGGAGGAGAAGUACUGCGGAGAGGUCAAGCUCGCGCUCACCUUCACUCCAGCAGCGGAAACUCGCCGCCCUGAUGACAACGAGGAGGGGCCGCCUUACAGCAGCUGGAGUUGAUCUAUCUGCCAUGGGAUGCAUGCAUCAUAUAUAUCCACCAAGAGAAGAGAGGAUAAUUAAUUAAUCUACUCAAGAGAAGAAUCAGUGUUGCUGUUAUGCGACCCUCUAUCUAUCUAUAUAUAUGUGCUUAAUUUGUCAUGAACGACUGCCAAUAUAAAAUAAACUAUUCAGAGUUGUUUGCACGU